AAGCAAACCAAAUAUGGAACAUUGCUACUUAUAGUAACUCCCAUCUUUUUUAUGCAAUACCCUAAUUCUAGCCUCCUUCUUUCCUAUAGAAAACCCAUUCCUAUAUACAGAAUCUCUAUCUAUAUAUUCAAAGGCUUACUACUUCCUCCUCUGUAUAAUCUCUCUCAAUUUUACAGAGCAAACCAGGUUGAAACUUGAUAGAAGAUGGGGAGAGGAAGGAUUGAGAUUAAGAAGAUUGAGAAUGUGAACAGUCGUCAAGUCACGUUCUCCAAAAGACGUAACGGGUUGAUGAAGAAGGCCAAAGAGCUUUCUAUUCUCUGUGAGGCCGAUGUUGCUCUCAUCAUCUUCUCCAGCACCGGCAAGGUUUACGAUUUCUCCAGCGGCUGUAUGGAGCAAACUCUCUCUAGAUAUGGAUACAGAGCUGAAACAGCUGAUCAUAAACAAAGAGAACAACAACAGCUUCUACUUUGUUCUUCUUCACAUGAUAAUGGUGCUGUGUUGCAAAAAGAUGAGUCUGUGAGGAGUGAACUUGAGAGACUACAACUUGCAAUUGAGAGACUGAAGGGUAAGGAGCUUGAGGGUAUGAGUUUCUCGGAUCUUAUUUCUCUUGAAAACCAGUUGAGUGAUAGCUUGCAUAGUGUCAAGAAUCAAAAGACACAACUCUUGCUCAACCAGGUAGAAAGAUCCAGGUUACAGGAGAGAAGAGCAUUGGAAGAGAACCAACUUUUGCGCAAACAGGUAGAGAUGUUGGCGAGAGAUUCAACAGGACCAAAAGGGUUGAGUGAAAUACAUCAAUUCUCUAGCCCACAAGAGGAGCACGAGAGCUCUUCAUCAGACGAUGACGAUAAUGACAAUGAGGAUCACUAUUCCGAUACUUCCUUGCAGCUGGGGUUGUCGUGGUCAGGGUAUUGUACAAAGAGAAAGAAGCCUAAGAUCGAAUCUCCAGGGGAUAACUCUGGAAGUCAAGUGGCCUCUGGUUGAUGGAACUAAGUACGGUGUUUAGUAGAAAGGUCUUAUUGUGUAUUCUCCUUUGUUUCUGGCGGUUCUUUUGGUAUCAACUAGAGUUUGCUUUAUGUGUUUGGUGAUAAC